UUGACAAACAUAACAAUAUGAGAAAAGUAAAAAACUAAACUAAACAUGCAGACCAACAACAAGCUUAUAAUAAGAAAUAUUAAGAAAAAAAAAUUAGUGUAAACACCAAGGAAGUUUCUUCUUAAUCCAAGUCAAACAAUUUGAUCAAAUCACUUAGAAACUUUCACCAUAAAAUGGAGAAACAAAUUCUCACUACAAAUCUCCCACAUUUUCCUUCUUGAGGCAAGAAAAAAACAUAGUUUUUGUUAUAUGUUGAUAUGUAUUAUCUAGGCAAGAUUAGUUAUUUAACUAACUUUGUUCAUCUUUUGAUCAUAUUCAUAUUUUUGGUUCUUAGAGUGGAUUGUCUGAGUUUCAAUUACCAAAAUUUCACCAAGCAAAACGAAAAUGAUUUCAUAACUACUGAGCAUUCCUACAUAGAAUUUGGAGCUAUCCAAGUAACUGGCGAUGCUCGUGGUACUUCCAUCAGUAAUUUGUCUGGAAGGAUAUGGUAUUCACAGCCUAUGAAUCUAUGGAACAGAAGGAAAAACAGAACAGCCUCGUUUAAUUCAACGUUUGUGAUCAAUAUCAAACCUGAGAGUGAUCCAUGGGGUGAAGGAUUGGCUUUCAUAUUGACUAAAGAAAGUGGUUAUGAGUCAAUCCCAGAUGAAAGUUAUGGACAAUGGCUUGGGAUUGUGAAUGAAACUACUAAUGGAUCUUCUUUAAACAACAUAUUUGCUGUUGAAUUCGAUACAAGGAAAAGUUACCUUGAUGAUCUUGAUGAUAAUCAUGUUGGCAUUGACAUAAACAGCAUCAACUCUGUCAAUCAGGUCUCGUUGAUGGAUCGUGGUGUUAACCUUUCACGAGCUGUUGAUGUUAUAGCAAGUGUCCAGUAUGAUGGAGAAUCCAACAUCUUGAAGGUCUAUACAUUCAUGAGUAAUGAAACUGGAGUCAAUGAAAGAAAUCCCAUCAUUUCCAUGCCACUUGAUCUUUCUAGCUAUCUCCCCGAGGAUGUUUUCGUGGGAUUUUCAGCUUCAACUGGGAUAUAUAAUCAGCUUAACUGCAUAAAGGCAUGGAAUUUUACAAGCACAGAUAUUGGGAACAGUAAUGAAGUUAGCUUGUUAUGGUUGUGGAUCUUGAUACCAGUAAUAUCGGUUCUGGUUGUGUUCCUUGGUGGGGUUUUCGUAUAUUUCAGCUGGUGGAGAAAAAAGAAGAGGACGCAAGUGUUAGAUCAGUCGGAGAAUAUAGAGAUUCAGAUUCAGAAUUCAGCUACUGCACCUCAGAGAUUCCAGCUGAAGGACUUGAAACGAGCAACGGGGAACUUUGAUCCGAAGAACAUUCUUGGAAGAGGAGGAUGUGGAGUAGUCCUCAAAGGGAUGUUAGAUCAAAAAGAGGUGGCUGUGAAGAGAUUCUUUAAUGAUUCAAGUCAAGGGGCAAAAGAUCUCAUAGCAGAAGUCACAACUAUAGGCAAUCUCCAUCAUAAAAACCUUGUCAAAUUGAUAGGAUGGUGCUAUGAGAGCAAUGAACUCCUUGUGGUCUAUGAGUUCAUGCCAAAUGGGAGCUUAGAAAAGUUGAUAUUUUGCGAAGAAAACGGAAAAGGUUUGAGUCUGAAUUGGGAAAUAAGGUAUGGUGUCAUCUGUGGGAUUGCUCAAGCACUUGAUUAUCUGCACAAUGGAUGUCAAAAAAGAGUACUUCACAGAGACAUCAAAGCCAGCAACAUCAUGCUUGACUCAGAACUCAAUGCUCGUCUAGGAGAUUUCGGAUUAGCUAGGACAGUUCAAGUGAAUGGAAAGACUCACCAUUCAACAAAAGAGAUUGCUGGUACUAUAGGCUAUAUGGCACCUGAGAGUUUCCAUAUAGGUCGAGCCACAGUUGAAACAGACGUCUUUGCAUUUGGAGUGCUAGUUCUUGAAGUUGCUUGUGGUCGAAAACCUGGAAAUAGACGAUAUGAGGAGAAUAAUUAUACCAACAGAGUCAUUGAAUAUGUAUGGGACUUGUACAAGAUUGGAAGGAUCAUUGAUGCCAUAGAUGUCAGAUUGGAUAGAGAUUUCAAUGAAGAACAAGCCGAAUGUGUGUUAAUAUUAGGUUUGGCUUGUUGCCAUCCAAAUCCUUACGAAAGGCCAAGCAUGAAAACUGCUUUACAGAUUCUUACAGGGGAAUUAGUUCUACCAGACAUCCCAACUGAGAAACCUGCAUUUGUAUGGCCAGCCAAAGCUCCAUCGUCCAACGAAGCUUCUAGUGAUUCUCUCCAGGAAGGCCAACUUACACCGAUUACAGUACUCAGUGGCAGAUGACUGCAGAGUAUGAGGAACCUUUACAAGGUUAGGUAACUCUUUAGGAGGCAAAAGAUACCUGUAAAUUCACAUAUGUAAAGGCAUGAAUGUACUUUCUUUUUUUCUUUCUGUGUAUGUGGUGGGAAGUGGGAGAUUCCUUCUUCCAAGUGUUCGUAUUUCUGCACUGUAAAUAGUUUUCUAUUUAGACUAUUUCAUAAUCAA